AUGUCAUCUCUCUUCAAAUAUUCUGCGGUCCUGCGGACCAUCAAGGCGCGUGAGCGCUGUCACAGAUUGAAGAAAGAGAAGAAGAAGGUGUUCAAGCAUGAGAAGACAGAUUACAAGACAUGUUAUAAUGUCUUGAAGAGGCUUCAUAAGAGAGUAGAAUAA